GGCGACCUUCACCAAGUUCAGCAAGAACCUUCCAGAAGCAUACGACCUCUUUCCAGAACUACUCCGAAAGCUGAGGCACUUAGUAGAAGUUUCUUUUUGUAACAGGUACUUGUAUAUUACAAGCGCAAAUCGUUUCUAAAACAGUAAAACAUCGAAGAAGAAUCAUCUGAAGUCAUGGGAAAAGACUAUUACAGCAUACUUGGUAUAUCUCGAGGGGCAUCACAAGAUGAAAUUAAGAAAGCUUACAAAAAGAUGGCACUAAAGUAUCAUCCUGACAAAAACAAAGAUCCAGGAGCAGAGAACAAAUUCAAAGAAAUAGCUGAAAGUUAUGAAGUUCUCAGUGAUCCAAAGAAGAAAGAUGUCUUUGACAAGUUUGGAGAGAAUGUACUGAAACAUGGUGGAGGUGAAAGUGCUGAAUACAACUUUAAUGGCAACCCUCUUGAGAUGUUCUCACAAAUGUUCGGUGGAUCUGUUUCGUUUGGGAACGUGUUUGGUGGAUCAAGUUUCUCUGAAGGUGAUAAUGGUUUGUUUGGUAGUAGAGCCUUUGAAGAAAUGAACUUCAAUCCAAAACAAGACAAAGAAGUCAACCACGACUUGUACGUAACAAUGGAAGAAUUAUUUCUAGGCUGCACAAAAAAGAUGAAAAUAUCUCGUACGGUGUUAUCGUCGUGUGGAGCUCAAAAACAGGAAAAAGUAGAAGAAGUUGUUGUAAAGCCAGGUUGGAAGGAAGGUACCAAGAUAAGAUAUCAGAAACAAGGAGACCAAUAUCCAGGAAGGAUACCAGCAGACAUUGUUUUCACAAUAAAAGAAAAACCACACCACCAUUUCACACGAAAUGGAAAUGACCUGAAAUUCACUUCUAAAAUUUCGCUUAAAGAUGCGCUAUGUGGUGUAACUAUAACUGUUCCUUGCAUUGACAAGACAGUAAAGACUCUGGACAUCAAAGAAAUUGUUUCACCAAAGUUUGUGUGGAAACUAUGUGGUCAUGGAAUGCCUCUUUCGAGUAAACCUGGCUGCCGCGGUGAUUUAAUAGUGAAUUUUAACAUACAAUUUCCAUCUAUUCUCACUGCAGAAGAUAAGAAAACACUGAAAUCCAUCCUCUCUUAGUAGCAUGUUUUAUGGUGCUUACUCAUGAAUGUUUGUGUUUUUCUGAUAAAUUAAUUACAGCAUGCUAACUGACACAAGAUUGAUUUUUAUUCACUUUUAUAGCCAUUUUUUGAUGAGAACGUUAUGCAAAACUUA